UCAUUCUCUGUGUCCAAACUAGUAGGAAAUGAGCUGCAUGGAGGCAGGAUAACCCAUUCGUUAUCCGAACGGGGAGACGUGGUUUUAAAACGCGAUCUGUGAUAUUUAUAAGAAAAAUAUUUUCAAUACGGCGGGCUCGAGCGAGGACCGUGUUGUUAAUGGCACAGGACGGGACGGUGCAAAACAUUUAUACGAUAAACACGUUGGGACGUUACGGAGCUGACAGACACCUUUUCAUUGCAACAACCGGACUCCGGAGAAAAAUGGCAUAUCAUAGUUUGGGUCAAUUACAAGUUUUUAGCGGUGUUGUCUGUCAUAGUUCUUAAUUGUUUUAGUCUAGGAAGAAGACCAAAAUUUUACGUGCCAAAAAAGGGUCAGAAUUUGAUGGAGUUGUGUGCACUUAUGUUUGCGAUUCUUACCCACAUCUCAAGGACCCUUUAAAGGCACACAAUAACAGGGUGACUGUUGCGACUAGGGGACAUCAUGUUUGACUGUAUGGAUGUGCUAGCGGUGAGCCCUGGACAAAUGUUGGAUUUCUACACUUCGCGCCCCUCUUCGUGCAUGCUGCAAGAAAAGGCACUGAAAGCGUGCUUCAGCGGGCUCGCUCAGAGAGACUGGCAACACCGCCGGAGCGCACAGUCCAUCGAGACCCAGAGCACCAGUUCUGAGGAGCUGGUCCCAAGUCCCCCGUCCCCCCUGCCCCCGCCCCGCGUCUACAAGCCCUGCUUUGUGUGCCAGGACAAGUCCUCGGGGUACCACUAUGGUGUCAGCGCCUGCGAGGGCUGCAAGGGUUUUUUCCGUAGAUCCAUCCAGAAGAACAUGGUCUACACGUGUCACCGGGACAAGAACUGCAACAUCAACAAGGUGACCAGGAACCGCUGUCAGUACUGCCGGCUCCAGAAGUGCUUUGGCGUGGGCAUGUCCAAAGAGUCUGUCCGGAACGACCGCAAUAAGAAGAAGAAGGAGAGUCCCAAGCCAGAGCUGACAGAGAACUACGAGCUGAGUGCAGAACAAGAGGCCAUCAUAGAAAAGAUACGCAAGGCUCAUCAGGAGACCUUCCCAUCGCUCUGCCAGCUGGGGAAAUACACCACGAAGUCGAGUGCAGAACAACGUGUGAGGCUGGACCUGGGGCUGUGGGAUAAGUUCAGUGAGCUGGCUACUAAGUGCAUUAUAAAGAUCGUGGAGUUUGCCAAACGAGUACCUGGUUUUACAGGACUCACCAUAGCUGACCAGAUCACGCUGCUUAAAGCUGCCUGCCUCGACAUACUGAUUCUGCGUAUCUGUACGCGGUACACUCCGGACCAGGACACCAUGACGUUCUCAGACGGGCUGACCCUGAACCGGACCCAGAUGCACAACGCAGGCUUCGGCCCGCUCACCGACCUGGUGUUCACCUUCGCCCACCAGCUGCUGCCUAUGGAGAUGGACGACACAGAGACAGGCCUGCUCAGCGCCAUCUGCCUCAUCUCUGGAGACCGGCAGGACCUGGAGGAGCCCUCUAAGGUCGACCAGCUCCAGGAGCCUCUACUGGAAGCUCUGAAGAUCUACGUGAGGAAGAGGAGGCCCAGCAAGCCACACAUGUUCCCCAAGGCCCUGAUGAAGAUCACUGACCUCCGCAGCAUCAGCGCCAAAGGUGCGGAGCGGGUCAUCUCGCUGAAGAUGGAGAUCCCUGGCUCCAUGCCUCCUCUGAUCCAGGAGAUGCUGGAGAACUCAGAGGGACAAGACGGCCAGAGCAGCACCCAGGGCGAGGAUGGCAGCAGCCCCAAGAAGGGCACCCCUAAGGGGGGUACGGGGGGUAAACCCUCCCCUGUGUCCCCUGACCCCUCAGACAGCGAUGGGCCCACAGUGGCCCCUGAGGAGGAAGAGGACCCCUAGGUCCCCGUGGAACUCAAGGGCCUCUCAGACAGACACUCUAUCUGACAUUCCUUUGCACAAAAAAAAACCUAAAAAUAGGUCGACAGCCAGGCAUGGUGGACCCCCUCUCCUCCUCCCCUCAGGCCUUCGGUCCCUUGGUGACCACCACCACCUUUGCUUGUUCUUAUGUUUUCCUUUACGUUUCUUUUUUCCUUCUCUCUCUUUAUCUCUUCAUUUCCCCUUAAAAAACAACAGCACUAAGGCCUAAAAGGACCAGUUGUUGGUUUGUGUAUAAUUCUAAAUUGAUUGAGGUUGUGUCUCGGGACUAGGGUGUGAUUGGUCGAGUUGGGUUUGACCCCGUCUGGCCACACCCACUUACCUGUACACAAAGGUCAUAGGUCAUCCUCCUCAGGUCUCCUGUGUAAAUUCAUCCCUGCAUGACGGGCUUGCCGAGUUUAAUGCGUGGUUAUAAUCUCCCUCUCUCUCUAUCUCAUAUUGUUGAAUACAUUGUACAUACCAUUGUAUGGUUAGAAAUCUCUGUUUCUAUGAUGAAUUUUGUGGUGCUUUUUUCAUUGUCUUAAAUAUUAUAGUUUGAGGCGAAACAGUACGUACAUGACAAGGUUUAAAGGGGGGCCUAAAAUAUAAGGUCCUUUACAAAAACAGUUACAUAGAAUGUUCUUGCAUAUAGACAGUCUGGAAGACUAAUACUUUAUAUUUGUUCCUAUAUUUAAUGUUUGUUUUUUGGUCUUUUAUGACCCUUUAUGUUGAUGUCUCGUUGAGUGUACAUUGCAUUCACCAUAAAGCCCGUUAGAGGUUUCUCUCCCGUAUCAGCGGCUGCAUCUCUUCAGCUGCUUCCUCAAGGGGGAAGCCAGACUGUAGAGGCCAUAGAUAUACAAUGACUAGAUUGAAUCUAGAUGUUCAAUUACUAGAUUGGAUCUGUCUACCGCAGAUAACAGCUUGUAAUGUAAUGUACAGGGUUUCUGACGCUAAAAGGCUUCUGAGAUUUUAUCAGAAAAUGACAUUCCAAGAGACAAACCAAGCAGUCUUAACCAGUGAAAUCUCUCUGCUUAAAGAUAAGGGUUGAGCAACACUCAUUGACAAAGACUUUACUUAACCCAAACUUGCACCACUGAGAAAUUGAACUGUUGUUUUAAGAUGAAUUUGGUUAUACAGUAUAUUUGAAGUUCCCUCGCAAUUCUCUUGAAAAUUCUCCACCAUCUGUGCAGAGAAAUGCAUUCUUAUUAUAGUAAAAAUCUAAAUUGUUUCUCUGAUGCAGUUUCAAUCUAGUAAGUGUACAUUUAUGGCUAACGACAACUACAAGCAUCUGGGCAACACAUAACGCACAUUGGGUUCUGGUCCAGGGAGUCCUGUACCCCCAGAAUCACUACAUACCCCUUAUAUACAUACAGAAGGGUCUUGUUUUGGCAGUAAAACACAGGGACAUUGCAAUCCUUAAAAAUACAUAUCCAUGAGCUAACCACAUGGCCGGGAAGAUUGUACACUAGACUAAUGUCUGGGAUUCUAGACCCCACUAGGCAUUCCUAGUUCUACAGACAGAAUGACUGACUGUUGCCUUGUUCCUCAAGACGGUCUCGUGCAAAACCAGUGAUGCAAAUGAGAUUAUUUACAUAUGACCCUUAGCCCCUAAAACGUGCAGUAAGCUCGGGUAGUGUUCAUUCGGGGUGUUCAGAUAGAACUAUAUUAUGUAGACAUGCGCUUCUCUGUCAUGUAGAAUAGGGAAUCAUGUCAGUUCUGUAACAACAAGACAUUUCUAUCUGUAACGUUACCUCCUGAAUGCAGCAGUGUUUUCUGUCCUACAUCGGCCACUGCAACAGCCCUCCUGAUCUUAUGAAUAUAUUCUUAGUAAAGCUGUUUUUCUUCAGCACGUAAGGGAUAGAUUCAAUCCGUAGCGCUGAAGAUCUGCUGUAUACUGGGAUUCAAAUUUAAAGGCAAUGUUCCCGCGUUUGCAGAGACUGCAUUCACGUUAAACGCUGCAUAUGUCGGCUCAAUUGGAAAUGACCUUUAACUUUCAAUUGCGUUGUAUACCGCUGAUACGAGAAUUAUGUUCUCCUGUUCAUUAACCAAUUCAAUUUAAUUACUCAGUCUUCCCUAUCAGGAUUUGUAUGAUACUGAUAGACAUGAAACAGACAGAGGCCCAGUCUACAAUAGUUAAAUGUUUAUUCACGGAACGUUCUGACGUGCACAGUACAAAGACCUUCAAUUUAUAGUGACACACAUACUUCCACACCAACCAUCAAAUCCGCCCGCCAAUAGAGAUUAGGGGAGUCCGUGAGAAUAGCAGACAUCUGUUAUCAAAAUACUAGACACAUUGUUCCCAAAACGUUGAUUCUGACUAAGAACUACACUCCAGGUUAUAUUAUUAUUCCACUGACUAAAACCACACACAGUAUUAUAAUAAUCUAAUGAUUCUAACAAUUACAUACAUGCAUUAUAAUAAUCUAAUGAUUCAAAACAAUUUCAUACAAUCACAUGGUUUCAGACUUAUGGUUUCAGGAGUGUAAUAUUCUAAUCAUUUAUUAAAACACAUUUCCUUAUCAACCGCAGAUCUUCACCUCUAUGGAUUGAAUCUAGCCAUAAAUCACUGAGUAGAAUUGACACUAUUUAGAAAGUUAAUAGCCUAGACACAUUGAAUAUUGCUCAGUUUGUUCCUUUGUUGUGAAGUGAAACAGAGUGAUAUUCAGUGUGGAAGCCAGGCUAGGAAGAACUAGGACCUCUUCAGUCCCUUAUCACCUGUCCUAGCAAGGAUAAGGACAGAUAAUAUUGUUUACUCAGAUGUUGACGUUACUCAACUGUAGCACAAAGGCAUUAAUUCUCAUAGCACUUAAAAAUCUUGAAUAUGUAGCCAAUACAAUGUUAAGGGUGAUGGUCAUAUACAAUAUUCUUUCUCACUCUUACGGGUAGUAAUCAUUUGGCAUAAACUAUGGGUGAUUAUUGAGUUCAUCACAGAGGUAUACUGAUCAGAAGGUUCUUUAUUCUGAAUGGAGGCAAAAGUCAUUGUUGAACCACAAAGGAAUAGAUGACCACUAUAGUCAGUCAGCUAGAACCAAGGUUAGGGUCAAUUCCAAUUGAAUUCUUCCAGUUUAUGAAUGGACUGACUUGAUAUGGAAUUGACCCCAACCCUGGCUAGAACCCUCCAGAAACAUCUCACACACAACCCAUCUCCUCUAUAUCUGUCCCACACAUACAUAUCUUAAGGGGAAAACAAAACGGUCUCAGUUUACCAUGUUUGAAUGUGAUUAUGUUGUUGAGGAGUUACAUAGGAAUGAUAUGCAGUGUUAAAGGAAUACUUACUUUAAAGCAGCGUUUCGUCAAAUUAAUUGCAUCUCAUAGUAUGUAUGGAAAAAAGGAAAUGCUCUCUUUCCCGCUCUCUGUAAGGGAGAGAAGAAUGUAGGGGGAAACAAUCCUGGUGGCUCAUCACAAGACCAGAGUGGGUGAAUCUCAAUAGUCUUCCCUACAUUCCUAUCCAACUUCUCAACACACAUUGACGGAAAGGGUGCAGAACCUCAGACCUUCUCCUCCAAUGUGUGUUGUUGAGGAGGUGAGGAAUCAACUAAAUACUUUUUGAGUUUUACCCUGAGUGUCUUUGAUGCUGGAAAAGUUCUUUCACAGCUGAAGAAUGUCUACAUCCAACUCCCUAAAGUGUCGCUGCCUACAGGCACCAGGUGACACGGCAGGGAACUCGAUCCAUUCCACAAUUUGAAUUUACUACGUUGAUUUCUGUUGAAUGUUGUACCGAUGUAACUGUUAAUAUUUACUACUAUCUCACUGCAGACUUCUCCAUGUAUUAGAUGGUGUGUGUGUGUGUAGUGUGCAUUGCAUUUCAAUGAAUGGCAGCGCUUAGCUACCUGACCUCUGAGCUUCAUCUCAUAGCGAGCCCUUCUUGGGUAGCAGCUGCUCACCUCCACACCAAGUGGUCCACCAAGUGGACUCAGAACCUGAGCAUGGUUCGCAAAAUUCCAGAACUGUUCCCAAAAUGCCCUUUUUUUAAAGGAAUCACGGUUGGAGGUUUUUCGGAAACUGGAGGUAAUAAGCUAAAGGAAAUUCCAACGUGGAACACUUUUUGCUUUUUUUUUUUUAUCCUAGUUGCUCCCAAUGUCAUCGAUGAUCAAACGACAGACAUGCUUCCCGCUCUUUAGUUGGAAUGCCAAGCAGCUGUCACAAUCAACCAAUCAACUGACAGCAAUUUAGUUAAGUCAAUAACGGAAUAAGAUCAAUAGAUGUGGAUCGCGUUCAGGACGGGAGCAAUUUACUAAACAUAGCAGAUAGAAAUACACUGAAUAGAGCUAGCAUGAUGAUUCCAUACUCUACAAAUCAGUGGUGUAUGUUCUACGCAACAUAUUUCUAUCCGAAUGUACCACAAUGCUGUGUGCCCUACUGAACGGGGCUCAUGAUCCAACUAUUCCGUAGAAGCCAGAGAACAUGAUUGUGAACCUCAAAAUUUCACCAACGAAAGCAGCUCUGUUGUUAUGCCUGUUCAAAAAGUGUCAAUGUUCAAAAGUUGAACAUUUACAGAUAAUGUAUAUGAUUGCCAUUGGUAUGAGAAAAAUAUCAUUGUCAUCAUAUAUGCAGUGUUGUAUAGUUAUUAUGAAGAGACAUGAUCAAAUUAUGGUUGAGGUUUCUUUGGCUUACUGGACUUGAGGGUGGGCGGGGCACCAGGGAGGGGUUGUCAUGGUGAUAAUACAUUUACCCAGAACCUCCUGCUGGCCUGGUGGGAAGAGGGCAGGAAGUCCUUAUACAGAGUUUUACAGUGAGCUUCUAUCUUGUUUUCAUUCUCCAUUUUCAAUAGUCUGUACAUUAACAAUGCUUUUUAUGUUAAUAUACUGUUUAACUUUACCAUGAAAUGUCCUGGCAAAGUAAUACAAAUAUAUUUAUUUUAAAAUACAUAAUGCGUGGAUGUAUUAUAACCAGAAUAUUUUGAUUUACUGUAACCUCGAAGCCUUGAAUACUGUGUGUGUGUGUGUGUAUAUAUCAUGUUCCUAAGGUUCUGCUCUGCAGGAAAUAGAGUGAAGUUAAUUAAGAAAAUCACAUUCAAAAGGACAGAAAACCCAACGGCCAGAGAAUAAUUUACAUUUCAUUGUUUACUUCCAAGUUCUUGUUCAAAAAGGUACAUUGUCUCUUUGACUUUUUAACAGUUAAAAUGUGCUGAAGCACCGCGUUCCUAACUUCUAAAAGCUGCUUAGGACAAAUACAGAACAUUUCCAUGGUAAUAAUAAAAAACAAAAUUGUAUUGUAUGUAUAAUAAAAAGUGUAAAACACCUACACAGUAGAAAGCAUUAAACGUCACCAUUAAAAUAAAAUAAAAGAGAGAGGGGGGGGGAUGUACAAAAGUCUGCAGCACGGGUAUUUCCACCAGCGUGUGUCUGGUCCUGGUUGAACACUUCAAAACCAAAUCCUUC